AACACUAGUGACUAGUGUGAGCCCAGACGCCCGCCUGAACGUGGGACGGUCUCCACGCUGGACCGCCAACCCUCUACACCUGUGGGCUUUCCUCACACACCACUACACAACCCUCAACGCCUCUUUGUCCAGAUCCCUUCUUAACCUCGUUACUUGUAACCGCAACAAGUGUGACGCUUGGCAUCUACAACCUCACCCAUCAUGGAAUUGUUCGCGAGUUCUCCCGGGGGAUUUUUGUUUUAAAAGAUGUCAAAAUUAUGAAAUUUAUAGUUACUCUUUGUUUACUAUUGGCAAAUGGCAUGUGUUUUUACAUUAAAGUUAUUAUUUGAAUUGUGGAAUGGCAAAUAAAGUUCUUUGAAUGAUCAUUAAAAUAUUGAUAUACAUAUGACAACGCUUUGGCAGUGUAUGGCAAUAGUGAUGAGUGGUACAUAGUGUUGGGAGUGUUAGUAUUCCUGCCAUCAAGACCUGGUGUUGAGCGUGUUAGUGUUGCUGGCGGAGUUUACUCUGUGUAUCUUUUUAAUCAGUGGCGUCCCAGGUGAAACUUUACAGUGUGAUGGCUUCGGCAGUUAAGCAUCGUAUUGUGUAGUGUGUUAUGAUGGUGUAGAGGAUAGUAGUGAUGGCGGUCCGUCUUCGAGACCCGUGUGCAGUGUGUUACCCCAGGCUCAGGAUGGGCUAGCCAGGGGGACUACCUAUCAAGACUUGUUGCUGCAGGCUAGCCCGGGACUUUUCUCCCUUACCAGGCUAGCCUUUCCUUUGGGCUAGCCUAGGGACGGCCCGUCGCUGCAUAUUGUUGUGGGCUAGACCGGGACCCUCUCUCCACCUAGCAGACUACCGUGGGCUAGCCCCGGGCUUAGCCGGUAUUCGUGGUUCUCUCUCCCAAGACAGUCCUCGGCUCCCAUCAUCCUCCAACAUGAAGAUGGAAAAUGGAGAUGCUGGGGCUGACGCUCAGGGCGGAGAGCGUGUGGUGUGGGAGUUUCACAAUGUGACCCUGACACGAGUACCCGGCUAUGGCUUCGGCAUCGCUGUCAGCGGUGGCAGAGACAACCCACACUUUACUAAUGGUGACCCUUCUAUUGCCAUUUCUGAUGUCCUCAAGGCUGGACCUGCCGAGGGCAAGCUCCAAAUUAACGAUCGACUGAUUUCUGCUAAUGGCAUCAGCUUAGAAAAUGUUGAUUAUGCGAGAGCUGUUCAGGUGCUUCGGGAUUCAGGAGCUGCUGUUCAACUGGUAGUUAAACGAAGAAUCGUCCUUCCUGCAGCGCCAGAAGCUCAGACUAUUAAAGUUACCCUUACAAAAAAUAAGAAAAAAGAUGAUUUUGGCGUAGUCUUGGGUUGUCGUAUAUAUGUGAAAGAGAUUACCAAUAAAGCUUCAGUAGAAAAGGAAGGCAGCUUAAAAGAAGGUGAUAUCUUGUUACGUAUCAACUCAAACUCUACUGACAAUCUUACCUUGAAAGAGGCCAAAAAAUUGUUAGAUAGUACGAAGGAAAGAUUAAGUCUGGUAGUACGGAGAGACCCACCGCCCUCAGUUCUUGCACCUCCAGAUCUCACUGUGAAGGAUGUUCGUAAUCCAGAAUAUAGUGACACCCGACCUAACUACUCCACCCAAAAUCUGUACGUCCAGCCCCCCACUCGUUCAGAGCUCCAGCGGGGGCUUUAUGGACCAGACACUCCUGAUGCUAAGAACAACCUCAUGAGGUCUGGGUAUAACCCUGGGGUGGGCAUGUCAUCUGGGGAAGCUCCCUAUGGUCUAGAUGACCAGGGUUCCCCCCAGGAUGAUGCUCCUCCCCCACGCCCUCCCCUUCCCCGUCCCGAGGAUUACUACACCCGCCAUGCACCUAAGGAAGGCCAAAACUCACCAUCAAAGGGCCCCAGCCCCCCGGUACCAGACCCACGUUUUGUGAGCUUCAAGAAGGAGGGGAGUGUGGGUAUUCGACUCACAGGCGGCAACGAGGUGGGAAUUUUCGUGACAGCAGUGCAGCCAGGAUCCCAAGCUCAGCUCCAAGGACUUAUACCAGGCGAUAAAAUAUUGAAGGUUAACGACAUGGACAUGGCAGGCGUGACGAGAGAGGAGGCAGUGCUUUACCUUAUGAGUCUUCAGAAUCAAAUCGACCUUAUUGUACAGACACGUAGACAUGAUUAUGAGUGCAUUCUCAAUAGUCAGAAGGGAGACCUGUUUUACAUUAAGACACACUUUCACUACGAACCCAACGGAAAAUCAGAGCUAAGUUUCCGCUCAGGAGACAUUUUCAGAGUGGUGGACACACUACAUAAUGGUGUUGUGGGGGCAUGGCAGGUUCACAGAAUUGGCCGCAACAACCAAGAUACCCAAAAAGGCAUAAUUCCUAACAAGGCCCGGGCAGAAGAACUAGCCACUGCCCAGUUUAAUGCUGCUAAAAAAGAACAAACACAGUCAGAAUCAAGGAGCGGCUUCUUCAAGAGACGGAGAAAUUCACGGAGAUCCAAGUCUUUAGGAAAAGAUCACUGGGAGGAUGUGGUGUUUGCAGACUCGGUAUCCAAGUUUCCAGCGUACGAAAGAGUUGCUCUUCGACACCCAGGUUUUGUGAGGCCAAUUGUCUUGUUUGGUCCCCUUGCUGACAUUGCACGUGAAAAAUUACUCAAGGAAAACCCGGAUAAGUUUGCUUCUCCACGAAUAUACAUGCGGCUCACUAUGCCAAUUCCGUGUUACGGGGGGUAUCCAUACCCCUCUCUUCGGGAGCUGGACAGCAGUGGAGAAAAGCCAUCAGGAAUAAUCCGUCUAAGUGCAAUCAGGGAAAUUAUGGACCGGGGAAAGCAUGCAGUUUUAGACAUCACCCCAAAUGCAGUUGAUCGACUCAAUUAUGCCCAGUUCUAUCCAGUUGUUAUUUUCUUGAGGGCAGAAUCAAAACAAAUUGUGAAAGAACUCCGCAGUGGAUUUCCAAAAGGCAGGAUGAGCAGCAAAAAACUGUUUGAUCAAAGUGUUAAAUUAGAGAAAUUGUGGUCACACAUCUUUACUGCUACAAUCAGUCUCACACAGCCUGAAGCUUGGUUCCGUAAAGUUCGAGAAAUUGUUGAUAAGCAACAGUCUGGUCCCAUCUGGAUGUCAGAAACUAAGCCCACUGAGGCUCUGUCUGAUGAUUUCCUUUUCCCCAUGACCUCACGCCUAUCCUAUGCUUCAUCUCCUGAGUCUGACCUAGAGACUGGACCCGAGUCCCGAACUCCUUCAAAAUCUCCCCACCGGCCCCCUCCCUCCCACAAUCCAUACUCAGAUUCACGAGAGCCUAGAGGGCGUUUGGUCAAAAGUUCAUCAGAUCCCAGUUUAGCAGCACCAGAAGAAACGGAACCUAACACAUACGGAGGACCACCACCAUAUACAGCCAGCCCUACGAGACUUCAUCCUGGACCCAAUGAUGCCUACGAUGACCGCAGAAAAUCUCACGGUGGUGACAGCAAGUAUGGUUUUGCCAGUGGCGGCUCCUAUGGCUCUGACCUGUACUCAUCCCGUCCUCCUGCAAGCAUGCAAAGCAGCAGCACGGGUGGCGGGGGAGGAGGCAUGAGUUCCAUACCUGGCUCUCCAUACUCAGCUGUACUCCCACCUGGGUACAGUGGCCGGCCUCCUCAGCAGACUUUACCCCCACCUAUGCACUCACCUCACCACCGCCGUUCCCCAAAUGCCCCCUCUGGCCGAGGGCCCCCCCAGGCGGGAUACUCCCCACUAGGGCCAGGAGGAAAUAUGGCCCCACCACCCCAAUACCUCAAUGGUCAUACUAAUGAGGCAGGGCCUGAAGUACCUCCCAAAGUAGACCGUACCAGCAAGCCUGGCAGGGUGAGGUCCGGUCAGGAUUUUGGGUCUGGGAAGGAGUUGGAGUAUGAUGGCAACUACAUGAACACUGGACGUGGCAACAGUGUAGACCCUCAGCACAAGAGUCCCUACGACAUGAUGAAUCCACCAUUAGGUCCCAAUGCUCAUGAUGAUCUCAAAAGCAAAUUACAUCCACGGUCACCACACGAGCCAUACCGAUACUCAAGGUCGUCCUCACAACCACCUACCUACCGCUCGGAUGAUCCUUACAGAUCAUCAGACUAUAAACCACUACCUCCACCAAAGAGUAGUAACUACAAACCUGUUCCACCACCCAAACCCAAAAAUUACAAGCCUCAAGCUCCAGGCAGUAUACCUACCAGUGUGGAAGGAGGAGUCGGACCCUGGGAAAUGUACAUGGAUGGACGAAAAGCUUAUGACCGAGGGGCUUAUCAUACCACCAGUAAUGGAGGACUCAGUGAUGACUACAGUGGCCUUGAUAGUGGACAAGGAAGUAGCCUAGAUAGAAAAUAUGAUACUUUUGGCAGAUCUUCAUAUAAUAAGGUGGCAUCGGGCAGAAGUGGAUAUUACCUCAAUGUUCCUCCUCCACGAGAUAUAGUUCCUGGAAGUAGUCAGCAUGGAGGGGGACCUGCUGGUAGGGACUUGCCCAAUCAUGACCACAGAGGAAGUGCAUUUGAGUUAUACAAAAAGCCCCCUGAUCCCCGUGGCCAACCAGGAGGUCAUCCUGCUUUGCCUGUGUACACAGACCAUGGAAACAGCAGGCGGUCGGUGGCAGAGGAAGGCAAACAUAAGGUGAUAGCCACGGCACGAGGGGUGUUUGAUCACAAGGGGGGCACACUCACCUCUGAGGAAACAGGCGUGUCCAUAGUCAUUCCCCAAGGGGCCAUAACCAAGGGCACGAAACAGGAGGUUUACUUCAAGGUGUGCCAGGACAACUCGCUGGUCCCUCCGCUCGACCAGAACAGAG